AUGGCAUCGGUUGCCAUCAAGAAGUAUAAUCCUGAUAGCCAUCAGGCUUGUGCAAGUGGCAGGUAUGUUAUUUAUGUUAUCUUUCCACAGUCGGAAGUCAAGUUCUUGGGAAAGUUUUUCUCAUCCGAAUUUAGUAAGAUUACUGGGGACUACAAUGCCAAGCUCUCAGAUUUUGGGCUAGCAAAGCUAGGACCGGCACGCGAGGACUCUCGAGUGACAAAGCUAGAAGAAGAAGAAGUGAUCGAAAGAUAUGUUUACGCCGCUCCUGAGUACAUUGCCACUGGACAUUUGUAUGUGAAGAGUGAUGUAUAUGGCUUUGGAGUGAUUCUACUAGAAAUGUUGACGGGUUUACAAGCACUUACCUGCUCCAGCAGCCAGCAGAAUCUAGUUGAAUGGGCGAGGCCAUGGCUCCACGACAAGAGGAAGCUGAGGACGAUAAUGGAUCCGAGACUAGAAGCUCGAUACCCUAUGAAAGCUGCAACUCAGACAGCUGAGCUCACCCUCAAAUGCCUGGAGAGCUAUCAUGAAGCGAGGCCCUCGAUGGAUGAAGUGCUGGCAACAUUAGAACAUAUCGACACCAUUAGGGAGAAGAAGAAGGAGGCCAAGGCAAGCACAUCAAGUGGGCCUCCUUUUCACUAG